GGACCCAUGAGAUGAUUGCGUUGCCAAUCAAACGUGGCCUAGAGGGGCUGGCCAAUGGAAGAAGACGGCUUGACGGCAAUAAAAAGUGGUGGGGCGAAGUCCGUGGAUAGGUAGUUAAAAUCUACUGCAUCACCUCCUACCCCGUUUUUACAUUUCUCAAUAUUCAUCACGCUCACUCACUACUCCGUCGACCUUUUUUGCUUGAUUGUAUGCAAUGUCUGGGCUGGGCUGGACAUUUGAACAACUGGCCCAAUAUUUUGACCAGUCUUCAUUCCCCCACGGCGAGCUCAACCCAAUCAUAAAACAACUGCUCGUGACUUGUCCUGGUUCAUCUGUCUUCGGUAUUGGCGGCCACUCUGUCGUGCUCUGGAUCUCUCCCGAUAUAGCGGCAAAAGUGUCUCUCCAGUCAGGAGACGAGCGCUUAUGUCACGAGCAAAAGAUAUUCGAAUUGCUCGAUAAUUCAGAAUGCCCACAGGUUAUCCAAUGCUUGUUCCGCGGCGUUGAUAUCAGUUUUCUCGAAUUGAUUCCGAACGGUACACUUUACGACCGAAUGAGUAUCAGCAAGCCUCGGCCAAUUCUGCAAUGGAUGUUACAACUGUCAUGCGCAGCCGCGUGUUUGGAGGCCCUGGGUUAUGCUCAUGGUGAUAUCAACCCACAAAAUAUCCUAUUCGAUAUCAAUGACCAGGUUAAACUUAUCGACUUUGACCAUUCGCCUAGGGUCGGCGAUGAGCUUGACGUUGGCUAUGAGCCCUAUGUCCGACAACACAGAGAGAUACUCGGCGGUGUCUACGGGAUUGCUGGUUCAGUCACGGAGCAGUUCGCUCUAGGUUCAGUGUUUUGGUAUAUGACACGCGGCUCUGAGCUGUACUCCGAGCUGGAAGGAUCUGACCAAGUAGACCGCUUGCUUGAUGGCAAGUUUCCUACCACCGACCCGCAAGACCCCAUCGAUCGUAUCAUACGAAAUUGUUGGAGUGGGGACUACUUCCAAAUUGCAGAUCUUGUGGACGACAUUACGGACGCAUUGGGAGUGGGAAUACAAGUUCAAGGAGUCAUUACUCCAAGUCAGAGAUAUGAGAGAAGGCAGCUAUGUGAAAAGUAUUACAGCAUGGUGGACCCAGCUCAUAAACUGAUGAAAGCGAAAGGGGAUGGAGUUCAGGGGAAAGGAGAAACACGGCUAUGACGAG